AAAAAUUCUUGAACUUUUUCUCUUCUUAUGAUUAUGAAAUAACUUAUUUACGAAUUAAAUUUUCCUUUUUAAAUUUUUUAAAUGAUCUUCUAAAUGCAGUUUAAGCAAAUUACUUAAACACUUCUUUUAAAACCAUAUUUAUUUUUUAUUAUUUAUUAAAUAUACAUGUCGUCCAAGAAACAAUUUCUUUUGGUUAUAAUUUUAAGUCUAAACUUAAAUUUUUUUUAUUCUAAUUUCAUAGUCAAGUCAAAUGAAAUUCACUCACCUCGUAGAAUAGUUGCAAUAGGAGACUUACAUGGAGAUUAUAAACAAACAAUUAAAGUUUUGCAUUUAGCUAACAUAAUUGACGAUAACAAGAAUUGGUCUGGUAGUAAUGGAAUUCUGGUUCAAACAGGUGACAUAGUCGAUAGAGGUCCUGAUUGCCUAAUGAUUUAUGAAUUCUUCGAGAAAUUACGAAAAGAAGCGGAAAAGGUCGGAGGAAAGGUUAUAAAUCUUUUUGGUAAUCAUGAACUUAUGAAUCUUCAAUUGGAUUGGAGAUAUGUGACUCCUGAAGAUAUCAACACUUUUGGAUCAAAAAAAGCUCGAAUUGCCGCAUUCUCCUCUAAAGGAUAUAUUGGAAAGUCAUUCAGGUCCUCUUUCCAAGUUGUUGCAAUUGUUGAACAAGAUACAUUAUUUGUUCAUGGAGGUGUUAACUUACAAUGGGCAAAUAAAGGUAUCGAGAAAAUUAACCAACUUGGAGCAGGUCUAGUUGAGAAAUGUACAGAUGCUUUAGCUGAUGGGAAGCAAAAAGUAAUUGCUGCCAGUGAUGAAAUUAGCAUUGUUCAUCCUGAUGGGCCACUUUGGAACAGAAAGUUUGCUUAUAAUGAUGAUAAGGCGACCGAAAAGGAAGUAGAUGAAGUCCUAGAAGUGCUAAAGAUUAAGAGAAUGGUGGUUGGACAUACGGUUCUUGGUAAAAAGAUCAAGUCAAGAUUUCAUGGAAAAGUGUAUGUUAUUGACGUUGGAUUAUCCGAACAUUAUGGCAGUAAUUUAGCUGCAUUGGAGAUCAUUGGAGAUAAAGUCAGAGAAAUCUAUCCUGAAGAACGAGAUGAAUUAUAAAUACAUUUUUCGCUUUCACUAGAAUAUGAUCUGGAUAAAAUUCAUUGGAUGUAAUCUUGAGAUAAUAAAUAUAAAUUAACAAGUUGAUAUUACAAUAUUAAAAAAAAA